AUGGCCUCCAACUCCGCUGCCUGGCUCUCCGCGGCCAAAGCCUAUCCCUUCGAAGUCAAGGAGGCCCCUACAUGGAGCCCCGAAGAGAACGAAAUCCUCGUUAAAAACCGCGCUGUCGCCGUCAACCCUGUCGAUGUUGGCCUCCAGACAAAGGCCUGGUGGCCCAUGAACUACCCUACCAUUCUGGGCCAGGAUGUUGCUGGCGAGGUGGUCGCCGUUGGCCCCAAUGUCGUCCGCUUCAAGCCAGGUGACCGGGUGGUUGGCCACGCGGUCGGAAUGGUUACCAAACGAGGCCAGCACAAUGCGUUCCAAGCUUAUACUGUCCUCCAGACCAAUAUGGUCAGCGAAAUUCCCAGCGCUAUCUCUUACGAAAGCGCGUCAGUGCUGCCCCUAGCAUUAUCCACAGCCGCCUGUGGCUUGUUCCAGGACGAGUUCCUCAAGCUGCAACUCCCCACGGAGCCCCGUCAAACACCCACCGGCCAAGCCCUGCUGAUUUGGGGUGGCGCUGGAAGCGUUGGCAGCAACGCCAUCCAGCUUGGUGUCGCUGCCGGAUACGAAGUCUUCACCACAGCCUCUCCCAAGAACUUCGACUAUGUCAAGAAUCUUGGCGCCAGCCAGGUCUUUGACUACAACAGCUCCACCGUUGCGGCCGACCUUAUCAAGGCCCUCAAGGGCAAGACCUUGGCUGGUGCCAUGGACUGCAUUGGCUUUGCUGCGACCCCUCUAACCGUCGAGGUUGUCAUCGGCUCGGAGGGUACCAAGUUUGUCUCCACCGUUAAGGGAGGUUUUCAACCUCCUGAGGGAGCCACUGUCAAGAACGUAUUCGGUACCACUCUCAAAGACAACCAUGUCGGCAAGGCCAUAUACGAGGACUUCCUGCCCAAUGCUCUCAGGGCUGGAAAUUUCAUUCCCGCCCCAAACGCUCUGGUUGCCGGCAAGGGUUUAGAAGCUAUUCAGGCUGCGUUAGAUCUGCAAGCCAAAGGCACCUCUGCCCAGAAGGUUGUUGUCUCCCUGUAG